UUUAAACAAGUAUAUAAAUCAUUCCAUCCCUACCCUACUAUAUAGAAUAUAUGUUAUAUGUUAUCUUCUAAAAUUCAGAUCAUAUAUGGUUCAGUUAAUAUCGUGUUGGUGAUUGCUCACGUUGUCUGAAAUUACAACAAAUUCAUCAAAUAAAACAUCAUGAAAUAUCAAUUAUUAUCAAUCAUAUUCACUAUCAUAGCCUUAACCAAAGUUAAUUCCUUUUAUUUCAAUUUCCCAACCUUCCAACAAAGUGAUAGAUCAACCAAGUUGUUACUAAGUAAAUUCGCAAAUAUAUACAAAGAUGCUAUCCAAGUAACCCCAGAUAAUCGCGGUGAAAUAGAAAACUAUUCUGGACGUGCUUUUUACAUAAAGCCAUACACACUUUGGAACAAAAACAAACUUUCUUCUUUUAACACCACUUUUGUUCUCAACAUAAGUCCUCAAACAUCGCCCGGAGGAGAAGGCAUAGCUUUUAUAUUAGCUUCUGAUACAUCUCUCCCUGAAAACAGUGCUGGAGAAUGGCUAGGUAUUGUAAAUGCUUCCACCAAUGGAACUUCUCGUGCCGGAAUUCUUGCUGUUGAGUUCGAUACACGACAAAGUUCAACAAAAGACGGUCCUCACAACCAUGUUGGAAUCAACAUAAAUAGCAUCGCGUCUAUUGUACAAGCAUCGUUGGAUAACACUAAGGUUAAUCUUUCAUCUGGUAUACAUGUAACUGUGAGAAUUCAAUAUUUCAAUGAUGUGAUAUCUGUUUUUGCUUCAAUGGGUGACUAUUUACUAGAUUCUAUGGAGACCAUUUUGGUAUCUCCACCUCUUAAUCUAUCUUCUUAUCUUCGACAAGAGGUUUAUGUUGGUUUCUCGGCUUCAACAAGCAAUUACACGGAGUUAAACUGUGUAACAAGAUGGGAAUUCAAUGGUGUUGAUAUUGGUAGUAAAGGAAAACUCUUGUGGAUUAUUUGGAUUAUAAUUCCAUUGGUGAUACUUAUAGGUGGAUUCGUCUUUUUAUUCCUUUAUUGUCGAAGGAAAAGAAGCGAUGAGGUUCAAGAAGAUGCAUAUCCAAGGAUAGAGGAUCAAAUUCAACACUCGUCUAUGGCUCCAAAGAAAUAUCAGUUAAAGGAAUUGGUCAAAGCAACAAAUGGAUUCAGCCAUCAGAACAAACUCGGCCAAGGUGGAUUUGGAACUGUCUAUAAAGGAAUCCUUGGAAACAAUAAAGAGAUAGCUGUGAAGAGAGUCUCGAAGGAUUCUCGACAAGGAAAGCAAGAGUUUAUAGCAGAAGUUACAACAAUUGGUAGCCUUCACCACAAAAACUUGGUGAAACUCAUUGGUUGGUGCUAUGAGAAAAAAGAACUUCUCAUUGUUUACGAGUUCAUGCCUAAUGGAAGCUUAGAUAAGUACCUGUUUAACCAAUCGAGGGAACUCGAAUUACAUUAUUCGAAAGUACUUGAUUGGAAAACUAGGAAUGGCGUGAUCCGUGAUGUGGCUCAAGCAUUGGAUUAUCUUCAUGAUGGUUGUGAAAAAAAGGUACUUCAUAGAGACAUUAAAGCAAGCAACAUAAUGUUGGAUUUUGAUUACGUUGCGAAAUUAGGUGAUUUUGGAUUGGCGCGUACAAUUCAAAAGAGAAAUGAAACUCAUCAUUCGACAAAGGAAAUUGCUGGAACACCAGGUUAUAUGGCACCAGAAACUUUUUUAACCGGAAGAGCAACGGUCGAAACAGAUGUGUAUGCAUUUGGUGUACUUGUUUUGGAAGUUAUUUGUGGAAAAAGACCAGGAAAUGUGUAUGCACAAGAUGACUAUAAAAAUAGUAUUGUGUAUUGGGUUUGGGAGCUUUAUGGAAAUGGAAAAAUUGUUAGUGUUGUGGAUAAAAGGAUAAGUGGUAAAGGGGAUGAUGAGGAUGAGAGGGUAAAAUUUGAGGAAGAAGUUGAAAUUGUGCUUAUUUUAGGGUUGGCUUGUUGUCAUCCAAAUCCAAAUAAAAGGCCAUCAAUGAAAACUGUUUUGAUGGUUCUUAAUGGAGAAGCUUCUCCUCCAAUGGUUCCGAUUGAAAGACCGGCUUUUGUUUGGCCAGCCAUGCCUUCAUCUUUCAAAGAAGGUGAAGAUAGUUCUCUUAUCAAUGGAACUCUCACUCCGUUCACUGAACUUAGUGGAAGAUAGAAAAUUUGAAAUCACUUGUGUUCACCAAACUGGGAAUACAUACCGGUCUACUUAUGUCAGUAUUGUGCCGGUGUCGGAAACAUAUAUGUAUCAUACCGUAUACAUGUUUUCAAUCUUAAGUAUCCAUGUUACUUAAUGUCAUUAAGAACAAUCAAAACAGUUAAUGACAUUAAUUUUCUUUGUCAAAGUGUAAAUUUUUAUCGUGUAAAUUUUGCACAUAUAUGUCAUGUUGAUUGUAUAAGUUAUCGAUGUCUACUAUGUAAUAUUUUAUUUUGGAUUGUUUUGUGUAUAAUGGAUCUCUUUUAUUAA